GGUUAAGAGAUCAUCAGUUUGAAUUCUGAAGCGGUUUAUUUAAACAAGCAUUUUCGAACUGAAAUUCCUGAAUUAACCGAAGCUCGAGAUUCUCCUGCAAACGAACAUCUACAUUAACUUCAAAAGGAAGUACCAGAGAACCGUCCGCCGUGGUACUAAAGAAAAAUGGAAACAUUUGAAUUCCAUCUUCCCAUCUCCAGGAAUGAUCUUUUACGACGCAGUACACCUCAGCAAUAUGUUGUUGAACUUAUUGGCUUUAGGCAUUUGCCUGGAGCCUUGGAAAACUUCAGAGUGACCAUGCGAACUGGGGGUUACCUGACCAUUUUAGAACAAUUUAAUGUUCCUUUCAGUAUCCUGUGUUCUGAUGCUGAAUCUUCUCAGGCUCUGCGUGAAAAUGUCUGGCAAGUUCUUCUCAAAGGUAUGUUUUCAUUUGUCAGAAGUCUACAAUGUUUGAUUGAGAAAUUUCCAAUACCCAACAACAGCAGAAUGCAGCACUUGAAUGCUCUUAAGAUGAUCUGUUACUUAAUGUGUCAGCUAUCUGAUAGCUUUGAAGGUGAAGAAUCCAAGGUGAACAUGAUCCAGGGUCGUAAAAAGAAAUCAGCAGACACCUUUCGGACUAUUGAUUGGCCUUAUGAAAAGGAAGCAUUUCUGAAAGUUCUUUUGGAGUUGGUUGUGUUGGACCUCGAUAAGUUGUGGGAGCCACCUGUUGCUGAAGAAGACUUUAUCAAUUUGAUUAUUUCAUGCUGCUACAAUCUUCUCCAGAAUCCCAGUAUAAGUCGACAGAAGGACACAAAGGAGUUUAUUGGCAACAUACUUGGUGUUCUGGUGAAACGACAUAACCGAGCAUUAUGUAACAGUUUGAGGAUUUUGCAACUCCUACAACAUCAUGAACAUACCAUAAGCUCACUUGUACAGGUAACCGAGAUCAUUGUUACUAAGUACGGUGCAACCAAGAUAGUGUUUCUGAUAAUGAGAGAGAUUGGUCGUUUGGAUUCUAAGGAGAUCAGCAAUGAUUCAUCCGGUACGAAAGCAUACGCUACUUUUUUAGUUGAUCUUUCUGCCAAGAUACCACAAGCGGUCUUCCAAAAUAUUAGCUUAUUGAUGCCCUGCUUGGAGAUGGAAUCUAGCACGAUGAGAAACUGUUUUCUUUGUGUUAUCAAAGAGAUUAUUGUAAAUGUGUUGAGUCCAGAGAAUUUGGAAGCUUCCUUGAAGAAGACCAAAGACCAAUUCUUCAUUAUUCUUAAGGACCAUGUCCACGAUGUCCAUGCUUUUGUAAGAAGUAAAGUGUUACAGAUUUGGCUUGAGAUUGUCCAGCAGCAGUGUUUACCAUUAUCUCAUCAAGAAGAACUCACAGGUCUUGUCGUGGGUCGUUUGAAUGAUAAAGCAGCUAAUGUCCGGCGCUAUGCCAUUCAGCUUUUGACUGCUUUGCUCCAGAUGAAUCCAUUUGCACAUAAGCUUCAAUAUGAAGAUCUGAAAGAAAAUUACACACAAGAAAAAGAGAAACUUGAUAAAAUGUUGGAAGAAAAUAGUUCAUCUGAAGAUCCUGAUCUGGUACUUAUGAAGGAGAAAUGGUCAAGUCAUGAAAAUGCCAUGAAGGAAGUCUUUGAGGAACUUCCUUCUGUGUCUCCUGAUGACUAUGAAGAUAUAAUUGGUGACGAUGACACUUCUGACAGCAUUAUGAAUACAAUCGUUUCAACUAUUGAUGAGAAAGAUUAUAACAAGAGUCGUUUGUACUUGCUGGCUGCCAAUACCAUCUGGCCUGACGUGUUUGUGUUGGAUUUGCAUCAAUCCGAUGAUUCAGAAGAAACUGAAGAUGAAAGUAAUGUUCCUGUGGAAGUCGUUGUCAAAGGAUUGAAAGAUGUCUAUUUAGGAAAACACCAAGUGUUGGCUGUGUCUCAAGCAGCUGUCAAUCCCAUUCAAACCAGUGAAGUGGAAGUUAACGAUCUGUCGAAGCAACAAAUUUUAGUCCUGUAUUUAAAGGAUUCUUUGACAUUUAGUGGUCAGGUGAAAGAAGCCAUUCCAAUUCUGUGUCAGAUGUUACAUUCCAAGGUGAACUCUGACAUCCUUGAAACAAUUGAAUUCUUUGUAACAAGCUUUGCCUUUGGAAUGCCCCAUGGCUUAGUUGGUAUCCGGAAGAUUUUGUUGUUGCUUAAUUCUUCAAAAGACAGCACCAUCAAAGAAGCAGCUGUGAAUGCUUAUAGAAGAAUCUAUUUGAAUCUUGAUGCAGAAAAUGAAAGGAGCAAAGCUCUCAAAGUGGUUGGUAAUCUAACAGCCCUGAUGAAAAAUGUUUCUGUGGAAGAGUUCAUUUCACUGGAUGCUGUGACUGCAUUGAAUUUACUCAUGAUGGCUGCUGGGGGUGACUCUAAAAUUAUCAAAAGCAAUAUCGCUGUACUUGUUAGCGAGGGACUGGGACCACGAGCUGAGAAAGAUUUCAGAAUUGCUAAGGAUACAUGUUUGGCUCUUAUGAAGAUUGGUUCUGCCCAAAAGCAAAUUGGAAUGGCUGCACCACCACCCUACCGCUUAGACAGAGACCAUGAGCUCUUUACGCGACUCCAGGACUUGCUUCUGACAGGUCUCUUUGAUUUGGAAAAUGAAUUUUGGGUUCCUCUCUGUGACAAGGCUGUCUGCACAAUUUACACUCUGUCUGAGAGUCCCGACCACAGAUGUGAGCAACUGGUGAAAUCUGUGGCAGAGAAGGCUCUCUCUUUGAAAACUGAGACAGAAAAUGAUUCCGGUCCCACCUCCGGUUCCAAUUGUCAAACUGGUGUGCUGGUACGGUUCGUCUUUCUCAUUGGUUGUAUUGCUCAUAGGCAGCUAGAGCACAUGGACAGAGACCUUCUUACUGAGAUGAAGCGAAGAAAUGCUUUGCUUGAGAAAGCUAAACUCAAAAAGAAAUCCCGAAAGAAUCCAAAUGUUACAUCAACCACUGCCAAUAGCACUUCAGUUGAGGAAGAAUUAGGUCUGACAGGAGCUUCAGCAGAAGAUGAUGAAUAUGAAUACAUUAGAAAAGUCUGUGAAACAGAAAUUCUCACAGUUCCUAAUCUUAUUGAGCCCUGGACUGCCCAUAUGUAUGCCAGAUUACGUGAUCCGUCUUCAUUGGUCCGUAGAAACACAGUCUCUGUUCUCUCUCAUCUUAUUUUGAAUGACAUGGUGAAAAUCAAGGGACAGAUUAGUGAAAUGGCUGUUUGCAUCAUUGACGAAAAUGAAAAAAUAAAAGGAUUGGCAAAAGUAUUUUUUGUAGAACUUUCCCGAAAGGUUAGCAAGAACAAUUCCUUUUUUUUAUGUGUGUUUGUGUUGCUGUGCAUGAGAAUACCUGUCAAGCUAAGUGAAAUCAUGGCUGUGGCCAGUGCUGAUGACAGAUUCCGUGUAACAUUGACAGAGCGUCAGUGGAAUGAUUUGGCAUUUUGUCUGUCAUUGCUCACCUUCAAUGAGAAAUGCAUUCUUAAGCUGCAGGAGAACUUCAACUGUUACUCAGACAAACUGGCAAAUGACGAACUCUAUGAACAUAUGCUGUCUAUACUGAAAAAGGCUAGGACCCGGUGUAAGAUAGAAUUUAAGACUACCAUUGAUGAGAUUGAAGCCCAGAUUACUCAGUGCCAUACCAAGGGACUUGAUGAAGCAAUUGCAGAUAACGGUUGCGUGUUUAAGACACCUGGAAAAGCUCCUGCAAAGUCCAAGAAGAGAAGCUCUAGUGCCAGCCGAAAGACUCCAAAACAAACUAAAGGUGUCCCGUUGGAAUUUAGAGUUACUCCAAGAAAAUCACAAAGGAAGAAGAAUAAAGCUUCAUACUUUUCAAGUGACAGUGAUGAAGAGAAUCAACCCUCAGACGACAGCGACAACAGUGAUUUCACUCCAGCUUCUAAAACACCCAGCAAAAGAAUAAGAUCAACCAGGAAACGAGUCCUCACGCCUGUCAACUAAUUUACACAACUCACUGUUGUUGAUGUUCUCACAUUCUCUCUCUUUCUCUCCAUCUCUCUCUCUCUCUCUUUCUCUCUCUCUCUCUCUCUCUCUCUCUGCUUAUUUAAUGUCUGUUUUCCCACACUAGUAUGGGUUAGGCAGAGAGAUGUCUGAGGCAGCAUUAGUUCAUGUAUAUGUGCAUGUACGUACAUAUAUAAAUGUGUGGGUGUGUGUGUGUGUGUGUAUAUGGAUGUAUGUACAUUUGUGUGUGUGUGUGUAUAUAUGGAUGGAUGUACAUGUGUGUUUGUGUAUAUAGAUGUAUGUACAUGUGUAUGUGUGUGUGCAUGUAUGUAUGGAUGUAUGUACAUGUGUGUGUAUAUGCAUAUAUGGAUGUAUGUACAUGUGUGUAUGUGUUAUGUAUGUAUUGGCAAGAAAGUAAUUUUGGUUUUUCAGUGUGAAAUAGAAGUCAUUUUGUUUGAUGACCUUUUGCCCUCUUCCUGGCAACUUCAUGAUUCUGCACUCAUAGAACCUCUGGUCCUUGUCAGACAAAAACUGUAUGUAUGUAUGUAAUAUAUAUAUAUGUGUGUAUGUAUGUAUGUGUAUUAGUGAGGAGAGCAUGUGUAUAUGUCUGUGUGCACAAAUGGUCAUCUUAAUGUGUGUAGGUGUAUGUCUACCUUUCUAUUUUUUCCUGUGGCCAGUUGAAUUUACAUCCAUCAGAUUGCAUGCAGAAAACCUUUAUAUUAUUCAACAAUGCUAAAUGCCCUUAACUUUGAAUAUUUCUGGGACGACAAAUCUGAAAUGACUCAGAAUUGUGUUUCCCUGACAAAUGAUAGAUGACAGCCUUGUGGCUCAAGGGGACUAAUGUCACAUUGCUUCUGAGUGAGUACAUGUGUGAUUUAAGUGGAAGAAUUUGAGUUCAAUCUUCACUCAUUCUAAAUAACUGUUCAAUGUUCACUUCUACUUUCUGAAUUAAUUAUGUUUUUUUUUGUUUGUUUACCUUAACAUUUUCAUCAUUUUCCUUGCUGGCAUACAUGUUUGUUUGUUUUGUUUUUUUUUUUGUUAACUUUGUUCAACUAGUCAACCAUCAAAACUUUUUCACUACCAGAUGUGUUUUUGUUAUUGUUGCUGUUCCACGUAAGCAGACCACAAUGGUUUGCAUGACAACAUGUAGAUUUUUAACCAUAUUUUCAUUAGUUCUAGUACCUUAACUUUGCAAUCAUUAUAUCAUGUCAAAAAAAUAAAUCUCUCUUUUUCUUUUUUUUGGUUUCAAUUAUGCAAUAUUUAUAGUCUAUCAAAAUAAAAGUGAAUAUUUUUAUAUCCA